AUGCGCCCGACUUCGGCUUGCCUUGCACCUGGUUUCUUGAAGCGCAGCUUGGACGAGUUCAAGCGGCUCUCCAAUUUUGCGCUCAAGCUCGAGGGCCUUAGGUCGCCCCAGAAGCCAUUCCCUCUGAUUCUCUUCAAUCAGCCCGAAGAUGCCGAACUAUGCAAGCGUAUGAGCGAUAAAGACAUUGGCGGCUUCUCUUCUGCAAACUUGGACUUCCACCCUCCUGUGAAGAACGAACCCCCUCACGUCCGCUUUCACGGCUCCAUAUCUACACAACUGCCACACAACCAACCGCACAUUCAGAGGACCGGAUACGCCGGGUGGAGGACACUGGACCGUGGCUCGACCAUCUUCGGCAAGUCGCUGUGGGAUGUGAGCAUGUAUAGUUUCCUCGCCAUCCAAUUCAAGUCAGAUGGGCGCAAGUACUUUGUAAACGUCCAGACAGAAUCCAUCGUCCCCACCGAUAUUCACCAGCACUUGCUGCACUCCAAGACACCUGGAGAGUGGGAAACAAUCUUGAUCAAAUGGAACGAGUUUGUGCGGACAAAUCACGGCCAGGUUGUAGAGCCUCAGAGAGAGAUGUUGACGCAAAAGGUGCGCACAGUAGGCAUAUCGCUGAUAGAUCGGAUACCAGGGCCGUACGAUCUGAGUAUCAGCAAGAUCUGGGCAACAAAUGCGACAGACGAGGACGAGUUCUUGAAGGCUGCUCCGGUCCCGACGUUGCAAUCUAGUGAAGAUGAUCUGAAGAGUGUCAGGAAGGAUUCUGGAGUUAGCAACUCUUCGCGUCAGACGAUUACAUAA